GCAGAAGCUGGACACUCCGUGCAGCUGCUAGGUCCGCUAGGGUGUCUGCUUGGAAGUGUUCGCUCCUGGACCUGAGUGCUGAGCAAAGGAGUCUGGCUAUUACCUAUGGGACAAGGGCAUCGGCUGGCUUGUCAGCAGGGACGCGACAGGCUCACAGCUGUCACUUGGAAGAGAAUCAGCCACGGGAUAGGAAGUUACUGUUGCGGUCCUGCUGACUGGUGAUGAGGGUCUGACACGGAGAAGCUUCUGGAGAAGAUCUCGCGAACCUGGAUGUGAGGAGGGAGGCACCAAGACUGAAUUGGUUCAGCCGGAAGGCUAACCCGACCCCUUAAAGUGUCCUUUGCUGGUGCGUGGGUGAAUGAGGUCCCCCGAGGGCCCAAGAUGAGCCGGCAGUAGGGUCAGCUCAGCGUUGAGCACGGCCUUCCGGCCCGCCGUGGUGCGCUGGAGGUGGCCGCUCAGCCAGUCCUGCAGGGGGCGCUGUGGGAACAGUCUGGCUGCCGGACGUGCGCGGUGCGUCCCGGGCAGGGGGCGGGGCCGCCUGAAUGCGGAAGCGGAGAAGCCCACGUGGGCUGGCGGGGGCGGUCGUGGCUGGGCUGUCCAGUUUGGGGCAGUCUCUGAGCUCGUAGUGUGGGCUGUUCUGUUUGUUCUUGUCUCGGGGGCUGGGUGAGGGCGGCCGUCAGGUCCCCUUCGCUCGUUUGUUGAGAGCCUGGGAGCAGGGGGCGAGUCCCCGGCGGGGCGUGUAUCAUGGGACUACUCUCGACCUUCAGGGGCGCGACCCGGUGCUGCUCCGGUCACUUCAUCACCCGUCAUUUCUCCCAAGCAGCGCGGCGUGGGGUGCGGCCUGGCGGGGAGGAGCUAAGCCGUCUGCGGCUGGAUGACCUGCCGCCGACGCAGCGGCUGGAGCUUCUGUUUGGCCUGUCCCCAUGUCUGUUGGCACUUCAGGCCUCCCGCCGCCGCGUGGCCAGGCUCCUGCUCCAGGCCGGCAAGGCCGGGCUGCAGGGGGAGCGGGCCGAGCUGCUCCGGGCGGCCGAGGCGCAGGGCAUUCCAGUUCUGCGACCCAGACGGCAGAAACUGGACGCCCUGUGCAGCUACCAGGUCCACCAGGGCGUCUGCUUGGAGGUGAGCCCGCUGCGGCCCCGGCCCUGGACUGAGGCCGGGGAGGCGAGCCCAGGCGACGACCCCCAGCAGCUGUGGCUCGUCCUCGAGGAGCUUCAGGAUCCCCGGAAUCUUGGAGCUGUGCUGCGCUCCGCUCACUUCCUCGGAGUGGAUAAGGUCAUCACUAGCCGGAGAAACAGCUGCCCGCUCACUCCAGUAGUCAGCAAGGCCAGCGCGGGGGCUAUGGAGGUGAUGGACGUGUUCUCCACUGAUGACCUGGCCGGUUUUUUACAGGCCAAAGCCCAGCAGGGCUGGCUCGUGGCUGGCACAGUGGGCGGCCCAAGGCCUGAGAUCUCCCAGUCCUCCGAGAUCCCUAUCACUAGUUGCUUGGAUUUCCUCUGGGACCGGCCUACUCUCCUCGUGCUGGGGAAUGAGGGCUCUGGUCUGUCCCAGGAAGUGCAGGCCUCCUGCCAGCUUCUCCUCACCAUCCUGCCUGGGCGCCAGCUGCCUCCUGGACUCGACUCUUUGAACGUCUCUGUGGCUACAGGAAUUCUUCUUCACUCCAUAUGCAGCCAGAGGAAGAGUUUCCCUGCAGAGAGGGAGAAGGCACCUUCUCCAAGACCCCCAAGAACUUGAGCCAUGUCUGAGACAGAGUGGCUCAGCAUCCAGGACUGUCUUCAGGAUGGGAAAAAGGCAAACUGGGAAGUGACUCGGACCAUCUGCGAUGUGCAUGUGCUGGAGUAGGGACUGUUGCACACACAUCCACGUGCUCCGGUGUGCGGGAGUCUCCACUGAGUGUGCACUGAGGUCCUUGUUUAUCGACCAUGGUCUUGGGGGUUCAGGGACUUCGGGAUGGAGAACAGAGAGGAAGUUCAGUUUCCUGUUUGGAUGUUGGAACUGCGGUGGGAGAUGCUAGUUUGUUAAUUUCCAGGACAGGCUGGGAUGGAGGGAGUCUGUCCGCCUGGGCCCUGCCUAGAAGUCAAGGGCAAGUCUAGACAUUGGGAGGGGAGCAGGCAGCCUAGUCCGGGGGUCCUGUUCCUCUUGAACCAGCUGUUGCCUGUGGCAAAUGUGAGUGUGAGAAUGUAGAGGGAGGCCUGGGGCCUUUGUGUAGGGUAGACUGGGCACAAAUCCAGGCUCAAAUACUGCCCCUCUGUGGGGCCUUGAGCACGCAUCUUCAUCUUUAUGUGCCUCAGACCCUUGUUUGCACCUACCUCACAGGUUUGUUAGGAUCAAAUAAAACAUCAUCCGGUA